UAACGCAUUCAACGAGCAGUUCGUGGCCCCUCCCACCACGUGGAUUUCACGUGUCACGUGAUUGAGUGCGGCGCAGUGCAGCGCAGCUGAUGGUUUGCGGGAGAGUGAAGCGUCCUCCAUCUGAUUAACGCCACUUUUACUGUCGGAGAAACGAAAUCUUUCAAGAUGUCUGCUGGAAACGCCAAGAUCGGCCACCCUGCUCCUCAGUUCAAGGUCACAGCAGUGGUGGACGGCCAGUUUAAAGACGUCCAGCUCUCCGACUACAGAGGAAAGUAUGUCAUCUUGUUUUUCUAUCCUCUGGACUUUACCUUCGUGUGCCCCACUGAGAUCAUUGCCUUCAGCGAUCGGGCCGAGGAGUUCCGGAAGAUCGGCUGCGAGGUUCUCGCCGCCUCCACCGACUCCCACUUCAGUCACCUGGCCUGGAUCAACACCCCGAGAAAGCAGGGAGGUCUGGGCUCCAUGAACAUCCCCCUGCUGGCCGACCUGACCCAGUCCGUGUCCCGUGAUUACGGCGUGCUGAAGGAGGACGAGGGCAUCGCGUACAGAGGCCUGUUUGUGAUCGAUGAUAAGGGCAUCCUCAGGCAGAUCACCAUUAACGACUUGCCGGUGGGCCGCUCUGUGGACGAGACCCUCCGCCUGGUUCAGGCUUUCCAGCAUACCGACAAGUAUGGAGAAGUCUGCCCUGCUGGAUGGAAGCCUGGAAGUGACACCAUCAUCCCUGAUGUUGAGAAGAGCAAAGACUUCUUUUCCAAGCAGUAACACGUUCCUCACACCUGCCCCCGAGACCACCCCUAGAGGGGAUACUGAAGCACUUCAUUCUGAGCUCUGAUUAGACCACAGUGUCCAGUUUUUUUUUUUCCUUCUGCUGUUUGAGUCUUAGUGAAUACCAACAUUAACACGUUCAGUCCCGUUAUUCUGUUGUUACCUCUGAUUCAUUUAGGGUUUAUUUUUUAUUACUAAAAAAAAAGGCAAACAUUGCAAAAGAUUUUGUACUUGUCAACAUCUGCUGUGAUAACCAUUCUGAGAUACGUUGUCUAAUAAAGAUGGUGGUUUAAAA